AGAAGUGCAGCUCCAGCAAGCUAGUUCAGCGACACAUACCAGCAACAUGGCGAAUCGAGGUUAUGAUGUCGUCGUAGACGUCGAUCAAGAGGGCGACCUAGGCCACACGGAUCUCCAAGAAGACCUCGAAUUCCACAGCUCAAACUUCGACACGCAGCCCAACACGCGCGCCGCCAAAAUCCAACCCGACAGCGCCUCGUUCCUCCCCGGCCCUGGCUCCGUGACACCCACCGGCCGAAAGCACUACCUCUGGACGCUCUCCUUCUACGCGCAAGCCUUCGACGUGGACACAAACGAAGUGCUCAAGCGCUGCACAGCCACCAUCUACCCGCGGCAAAACUUCCUCGACGUGCUCGAGGGCAACCCCGAUCUCUACGGGCCGGUGUGGAUCGCCACGACGGUCGUGGUCAUCUUGUUCCUGACGGGCACGAUUAAUCAGUACCUAGCGCACAAUGGCAAGGAGCAUUUUGCGUAUGAUUUCAAGCUGUUGAGUGGUGCGGCGGGACUGGUGUAUGGGUAUACUGCACUUGUGCCUGCGGGGCUGUGGGGCGUGUUGAAGUGGUAUGGGAGUGAGAGUGCGAAUCUGCUCGAGUGCUGUUGUUUGUAUGGGUAUGCGAAUUUGGUUUGGAUUGUGGUUGCGUUGGUUAGUUGGAGUCCGGUUGCGAUCCUCAACUACGUCUUUGUUGCCCUCGGCCUCGCUUUCUCGGCCUUCUUCCUCCUGCGCAACUUUUACCCUGUGCUUAGUACCACUGAAGCGAAGACGUCGAAGAUUCUCCUCAUUGUCGUACUCGCGCUACACGCUGGUUUCGCCAUCGCUAUCAAGGUGCUUUUCUUUGCUUCCACGAGCCCUGUUGGGCCGGGCAAGGCUGGUGGAGGAGAAGGAGAUAAGGCGGCGGGAGACGGCAAGGGGGAUAUGAUGAUGAGGAUGUUUGCGCGGUGAGAGUAGAUGGAUUGUCGGGAAGAGAAGGAUUUAUGGCGUGUGCAUUGUUUGUAUACCUACCUAUUAGAGGAUCUGGCGUUAAUUGCUUGGGUGGGUUUGUCUGUGCAACAAGACUCUUUUGAUAUACAUCCAACCUCGCCCAUUUUCCCCCAUGGCUAAACUUCUCUGGCUUGGUAUUGACAUAAAUAAUCUGGCCCGUGGUGUCUCGGCAUCUCCUAAUGCAGUAGGAGAUUUGUUAACAAUAUAGCACGAAGCGAUGAGAUAAGUCAGCCUGC